CAAGCCAACCGCUCUGGAGAGACCGGUUCAGAUUCGGUUACAGAAAACAAAAGCAGAAAAACUACCCCUCUCCUGUAUUUUUCCGCCCACGGAGGGCUUAUUCCUCUUUUCCGCUUCCACAUCGACCAAGAAAGGGAGCAGUAGCGAGGGAGACAGAGGAUGAGGCCGAGCGCAGAGAGGAGCAGCCCAGCGCGGUGGCGGCAGGUACUGUUGCCCUUUCUGCUGUCUUUGUUCCGCGGAGCUCUCCAGGACCAAAUCCGUUAUUCAAUUCCCGAGGAGCUGGCCAAGAACUCGGUGGUAGGUAACCUUGCCAAGGAUCUGGGGCUCAGUGUACGGGACUUGCCUGUCCGGAAGCUGCGGGUAAGCGCGGAGAAAAAAUAUUUCACUGUAGACCCUGACAGCGGGGACUUGCUUGUCAGCGACAGAAUAGACCGAGAACAGAUUUGCGGGAAGAAGCCUGUGUGUGUUCUGGAUUUUGAUGCUGUCGCUGAAAAACCACUAAAUAUUUUCCAAGUAGCAGUAGUAGUGCAGGAUAUAAAUGACAACAUUCCAUUAUUCAAACAGAGAAAAAUAGAUUUAAAAAUUGUAGAAUCCACUAAGCCAGGUAAAACUUUUCCACUAGACCCAGCUCUGGAUUCCGAUGCUGGUCCUAAUUCACUGCAAAGAUACCACCUUAAUAACAAUGAGUACUUUGAUCUCGUGGAGAAACAGACUCCAGAUGGACGUAAAUAUCCUGAGUUAAUUCUGAAACAUCCCCUGGACAGAGAAGAGCAGAAUUUCCAUCAACUGAUCCUAACAGCUGUAGAUGGUGGAGACCCACCCCAAAGUGGCACUACCCAGAUCCAAAUUCAAGUCACCGAUGCCAACGAUAAUCCCCCAGUGUUCAGCCAGGACGUGUACAGGGUCAGCCUGCAGGAGGGCGUGCCCCCAGGCUUGUCAGUGCUCAGAGUGACAGCCACAGACCAGGAUGAGGGCAUUAACUCGGAGGUCACCUACUCCUUUCAUAAUGUGGACGAACAAGUGGAAAGAUUUUUUAACUUAGAUAAAAGAACGGGAGAAAUCACAACAAAGGAUAAUUUUGAUUUCGAAAUUGCUAAUAGUUACACUUUUGGUGUAGAAGCGAAAGAUCCCGGAGAUCUAGCAGCCCACUGCAGUAUCCAAGUGGAAAUUCUCGAUGAGAACGAUUGUGCACCUGAAGUGAUUGUAACCUCAGUGUUUACUCCGCUUCCAGAGGAUUCACCACCAGGAACAGUGAUUGCCUUGAUAAAAACGAGAGAUAGAGACUCUGGAGAAAAUGGAGAAGUUUACUGCCGCAUAUUGGGAAAGACAGAAUUCACAUUGAAAUCUUACUCAAAGAAUUAUUACAAGCUAGUGACAGAUGGGGCUCUGAACAGGGAGGAGAUUCCAGAAUACAAUGUCACUAUAAUGGCCACGGACAGAGGCAAGCCGCCCCUCUCCUCCAGCACUACCCUCACCCUGCACAUCACCGACGUCAACGACAACGCUCCGGUUUUCCAACAGUCCGCCUACCUGGUCCACGUGCCAGAAAACAACCCUCCCGGUGCCUCCAUAGCGCAGGUCAGCGCCUCCGACCCCGACCUGGGACCCAACGGCCACGUCUCCUACUCCAUCGUGGCCAGCGACCUGGAGCCGCGGGCGCUGUCGUCCUACGUGUCCGUGAACGCGCAGAGCGGGGUGGUGUUCGCGCAGCGCGCCUUCGACCACGAGCAGCUGCGCGCCUUCGAGCUGACGCUGCAGGCUCGCGACCAGGGCUCGCCCGCGCUCAGCGCCAACGUCAGCCUGCGCGUGUUGGUGGACGACCGCAACGACAACGCGCCAAGGGUGCUGUACCCGGCGCUGGGGCCCGACGGCUCCGCGCUCUUCGACACGGUGCCGCGCGCCGCGCAGCCCGGCUACCUGGUCACCAAGGUGGUGGCGGUGGACGCGGACUCGGGACACAACGCCUGGCUGUCGUACCACGUGCUGCAGGCCAGCGAGCCGGGCCUGUUCAGCCUGGGGCUGCGCACGGGCGAGGUGCGCACGGCGCGUGCUUUGGGCGACAGGGACGCGGCGCGCCAGCGCCUGCUGGUCGCGGUGCGCGACGGGGGACAGCCGCCCCUCUCGGCCACCGCCACGCUGCUCCUGGUCUUCGCUGACAGCCUCCAAGAGGCCCUGCCGGACCUCAGCGAACGCCCAGCGCCGUCCGACCCCCAGGCUGAGCUGCAGUUUUACCUGGUGGUGGCCUUGGCCUUGAUCUCCGUGCUCUUCCUCCUGGCCGUGAUUCUGGCGGUUGCCCUGCGCCUUCGACGCUCCUCCAGCGCUGCUGCUUGGGGCUGCUUUCAGCCUGGUCUCUGCUCUAAAUCUGGACUUGUGGUUCCCUCCAACUACAGUGAGGGAACAUUGCCCUAUUCCUACAAUCUGUGCGUUGCUUCACAGUCAGCUAAGACAGAGUUUAAUUUUCUCAACGUGACCCCGGCAGUGGCUCCCACUCAGGAUCUCCUCUGUGAAGAUGCUUCUUGGGUACCAAAUACAAAUAAUGGAGAUGGUGAGGGCUUAUUUGACUCAGAUACUAUUUUAAAGGUGAGUUUUAACUUAAUUAACUUAUUUUCACUUUGGAUUUCAGUGUUUCUUAACAAAUCACUUAUGUGUGGUAGGAGACUUCAUUUCAUAUUUAAUUGUCUUGUGGGUUGA